AUGAACCCAACACAUAUCAAGUAUUACCUUGACCAUCAGGCUUCGGAUACAAAGGGCAAAUACCCAGGUCUUGGGUUGGUCCUUCGGUAUAUGGACGAACAUAUGUUUCAAAAACUAUUUCUUUACCAGUAUCCUAUCGGCGCACACCCAAGCCGCCCCGGGGCCCAAAGCCGUAUGAUCAUGAUUCGCGAGCUUGCAAUGAUGGAUAUCAUGGAAAAGCUGACCGAUGAGAAGCAUUGGCAUGAAGACGUGUUUAAGGAUGAUAUUGUAGCUAAAUGGCGGGACCGUAUUCUCGCGAUCCCAGAUAAAAGCUUUUGUAGAUUGGCUGUAAAAGGUCUCCAAGGCGGCCUUAACGAUGACCGGUACAUUGAGCCGGAACUUCUGGGUGUCUGCAUUGAAGAGCUUAGACAGAAAGCUAAAUACUUCGCACAGUCGGGUAUCGUGCCGACGCUUGAUGCGUGCGCGUCGGUAGUGAAAUCGGAUUCACUAGUCAACCCUGAGCUCCACGAGAUGCUCAGGAAUGCAUUUCAGAAACUCAAAGCUGACCAGGCGUCUUCGCCAGAUUGGCACCCUGGAUCAAAUGGCAUGGUUCAAAAUCUGGUCGAUCCAUUGAUGUAUCCCUUGGUCUACGAUCGCAGCCGAGUUUACCAGGACGAGGUGGUAGGUGUUGCCGAUGCAAUCACAUCGUGGGCAGGCAAAGGUAGUGUCAUUGCCAGAGCUAGAGGGUAUCUCGAGGAUCAGAGAUGCGGCCCAUGCGACAGUGAAAGAAGGGAACACGAACUCUUGAUCUCACGCGAAGCCUGGUCCGAAGUGUAUCAAGGGUUGCCAUCUAAUGUUGCUUUCACAGAGGACGGGAGCGUACGGUUCACAAGCUACAUCAACAACCUUCAUCCUAAUCGCUAUGGGGACAUAUACCGUACUGUAGAGAAGCUAGUGCAAGCAUCGAUUCCAAUGUGGGACCAAUGUUUACUUUUAUUUAACAGCCGACAUCUAGAAUCCGGCCCUAAUGAAUAUGACCGUAAAUAUGAAAGAGAGGACAUGAACAUUUCAGAAUUCGCUGAGAAAAUGAAACGAUACAAAUGGGAAAAACUGCGAAAACCGGUAAUGCCAGAGCCGGUUUCAUCGGAGCUGAAGGUCGACUAUAUGCCAAAGGAGGGCGCGGGUCUCAUCGAUCUUUUCUCCGUGGGAGGCCUUCAAGUCAUUGUCAAGAUGGUCUCGAUAGAACUCACGCCCGAAAAGCCGCCCUUCCCGGCAGAUGAGUGGCACAUUGAAGGGACAAUGAAUGAGUGCAUUUGCGCUACUUCGCUCUACUACCUCGACAGCGAAAAUAUAACGAUUUCGGACCACUCAUUCCGUAUGCACGUCGACGAUUUGGUGGAAUACGAGACGGGAUACCUCAAUGUCGGCUAUGGAAACCAUCAUUGGUUGCAACAAGUCUACGGUUCCAAAUUUUACACCGAUGAAUCUAUCGGAUCCCAUGAGUUUCGCCACCAAUACUACGGCGCGGUUGAGACAAGAGAGGGUAGACUUCUCGCUUUCCCCAAUGUGUUCCACAAUCGAGGCUCUGGCUUUCAACUCGACGAUCCCUCCAAACCUGGGCAUCAGCGGUUUAUUGCGCUUUUUCUUGUCGAUCCAACAAGGCGAAUCAUCUCCACUGCGAAUGUCCCGCCGCAGCAAAUGGAUUGGUGGGUCGAAUCUAUCUUCGAUACAUCGUCAGUAGCUCAUAACGGGACGGCUUCAAGUACGUCAAACGAUAUAGUAGAUUGUUUGGCAGAAAACGGAUAUCUCGCUACCAAGCGUGCUGGUGGUGUAAGCCUGCCGCCUGAGCUGACGGAUAUGAUCAAGGGGUUUUAUCACGAUGGCGAGUCAAUUCCGAUGCAGGUCAAGGAAGCUCAAGAGCAUCGGCUCAAAGCAAUUCGGAAACGAAGAAUCAUUUCACAAGAUGCCGAUGAGAGUGGAACAAUGUAUUCAUACAGCCUCUGA